AUGCGAAGACUUUCCCCCAGAAAACAUUCAUUUGUCGAAAAUUCCACACUUCAAAACUAUGAAAUGCCCAAGAAAUCGUCUCUUCUGGAUGUAAUCCGGCAUGAAAAUGGGGGCUUUCAGUCGCCUGUUCCAAAGAUGAAGCUUUCUUCGGUAUCGCAGCAUGGAUACUUGAUGGUUGGCGACUCAAGCUCAGACUCGGAAGAAGAGAGAAAGAUAUCCAGGGGCGUCUCAGAGACUUCGGAGAAUAGGACGGAAACUUUAGCUUUUGACAAUCAAAAUUUGACUUCUUUUUCACUUGAAGAAAUCAACGAACGUCCCAACGGUGCUCAAAACGGGUCUAAUGGAUGCUCCCGUCUUCCAAGGCAACAACGAAAGACGGCGCUGGGAAUACCCUCCAAGUUGCAACAUCUGGCCGACAGCAUGAGUAACAAUUCGGACGAGGAGCUAACUGAAAAUAUCGAAAAACAGAGUGAAUCACGGCCUCUGCUUAAAAAUAAAAGACCUUCGAUCGAUGGCUCGCUCGAUGGACGCGCACAGAAAAGCGGGAACGCGCGCCGGCAAUUCCAGUCCUUCGAUGAUCGGAGGAUGAGCACUUUCCAAGAUCAGAGACAGAGGACGAAGAAGCAACCAAAACGAAUAUUCAGCAUACAAUCUGAUCAAGACCAACAGUCCGAUGAAAAUGAGGAAGACAAGAUCGACGGAGAGGUAUUUGUCAUCGAGCUUGAUGAUCGCGGAAGCAGAGCCCCGAAACUCCACACACGGCCGGCCUGGCAGCGCGGAGUUGCAGGCAUCAAAGCUGUCGUCCAGAAUCCGAAAAUCACGAAACAUGAAACAAUUGAUGAGAAUUCCGCUGUGCCUCCGACAUCAAAUAGAGACUCCACUGUUGAAAGACCUUCUAUCAAGCCUCUGCUCGUGAAAGCAAAUGGAGAUGCUGGAGUCACUAAUCAGGGAAAUCGUAGCCGAGAGCUGUGGCAACUCGCCUUUAGAAAAAUCACCGAAGGGGUUUUACGCCGCGAUUCUGACGAAAAAGAGACUUCUCUCAAGCCGGAUCCAAAGCCCGCGCUCAAGAAACAGUCUACCCAGGACACCACAAAAUCAGCGAGGACAUCAAAAUCGGACAUGUCCGAAUUCGAAAAUCCACGUUCAAUCAUUCCAACGAAAGGAGAAAAAGUAGAGCUUGAGAAACUUGAGGGUUUCGACCUCAAGUACACAUCCGGGCGCCGUUUUUGCGGAAUGUACACACCUACUAUGUCCACUGCCUUUGACCCUAAGUCCGCUGAGGACCUCUAUCAGCGAUAUGUUUUCCGAGAGCGACUGGGCUCUGUUCUGACAAUCGCAAUCAUCGAGCUGAUUAUGCGUGUUAUUUCAAUUGGACUGAUUAUUGGCAUAGCCGGACGAUGGGAACAUGUUUCUUGCUGGCUCCUUGCAUUGACAAGCUUAUUAGAAAGGGGCCACAGUUUUCUAUUUUAUUUCAUUCGACGUUAA